CGGCGUCUCCGCAGCUUCACAUACCGCACGUAACAGACAGGCCUUGCCUGAUCCUAAAGACUCCAGAGCAAUUUCCAGCAUACGAUAAAUAUCCCAGCGCGAAGUUCUCCCUGACCACUUAACGAAACGGGACUGAUAACUGUUCAUACGUAGGAAGUCUUCCGAGUUCAUUCUCGACUGUUUCUUAUGGUGGCGUUCAUUCUGGAGUUUAUUGAGUUUAUGGUGCUUUUUACGUGCUGCUGUUGGCAGUAAUAGGAUAAUUAAAUUAUGCAUUAUGUUUCAAGAUUACUUGUUUUUCUUGGGAGUUUUUGGACUUUUCGAUAUUGCGAAACUACUAAAAAUUCGGAAAUCGCAAUGAUACUUCACAGACCGAUAAGAGCACUUUCAUUUCCUAAUAACAGUAACAUGGGAAUAUUUUUAGCCUUGGUCUUUCCGCUUGCUGGUUCUCUAAAAUCGGUAUCGCUAUCCUACUUCUUCGAAGCUAAUUACUAUUUGCCCCCAAAUUCUACAUAUUUCGAACCGUAUUAUUAUCCACACGCUUCGCGAAAAAAACGCAGCAUAGACAGAACGACGAUUUAUCAAGCACUGGAAAAUAAAUUCGAGAGCUCCGGAUUUCCGGGACGAGAAUGCCUCCUGAGGUCCAUAUGUGAAACUGCAGAAUCUCCCGUAAGACACAACGGUAUACUGGGCGAUAUAAUGCACGUGUUAUUCACACCAUCAAGUUCAAUGAAGGAAGAUGACUUAUCCGAAGAUUUUUUCGAAGCUGAGUUCGUUGGCAGAAAUGGAAGCUGUUCAAAAUACCAUCCCAUGUGCCCCUUGGGAUUGUUCGAUAUGAUUGGUACUUGGGCCUGAAAGGAUAUUACGUAAUGAGAACUACCUGCUGAAAUACAAAUGCGCCCAAACUCAUUUGACGUGUUUAUAUAACUUUUAUGUACCUGGUGUGACACUAUGUGCUUUAGGUAGUUAAUACGUAAUCGUUACCAAAUUUGUUUUCUCAUUCUACUUGUUCUCGAACAAUCACCGUGUAAAUAUUUUGUACAACAAAGGAAUUAAAGGCAAACAA